AUGUCUUUCACCACCAACCAACCAGUCAUUGUGGUCGGCGCCAGCCUGGUCGGGCUGUCAGCAGCCCUAUGCUUGGCUUCGCACCAGGUUCCAACCAUCGUUCUCGAAAAGCACUCAGGCGUAUCGAGGCAUCCUCGUGCGAUUGGCUUUACUUCUCGAACAAUGGAAAUCUAUCGCUCUCUCGGAAUCGAAAAUAAGGACCCUGCACCUGAAGAUUUCGUGCUUGAGCGCGCCCAUGUCGAAAGCUUGACAGGACACUGGCACGACAGCUCCUCUUGGUCCGACACGGAGAGGAGACCAAAAUCCGAAAAGGCACAAGAGAAAUCCGCAAAGGCCCAGGUUCCAAGGAAGGAGUACUCAGUCGAACGUGGGUCAGCUAUCCCACAAGAUAAAUUAGAGCCCAUCCUGGAGGCAUUCGCACGGGAGCACGGCGCCGACAUUCGUCGCCAGCAUAAACUUCUGCGCGUUGACCAGGAUCAAAGCGGAGUGACCGCAACAGUCACCGAUGCCGAAGGUAAUGAACACAUAAUCCAGGGUUCUUACCUCAUCGCAGCAGACGGAAAUAGGAGCACCGUCCGCGAUCUUCUCCAAAUCCCCCGAAACGGCCGCGGAUACAUGCAGACUUUGAGCAGUGUCUUAUUUCGUGCCCCUCUAGAACAAUGGACUAAGGGUAUUGUUCAGUUUGAUAUCGAACAGCCGGAUCUAAAGGCUUUCCUCGCUUCUUACAGCGACGGACGGUGGGCCCUAAUGUUCAAAGACGAUAUCGAUCGUGAUGAGCCUGCCCUCCGGGCUGCCAUUUACCAAGCUGUCGGACAGCCAGACUUUCCUCUCGAGAUUAUCACGACUGGGCGCUGGGAGCUUACUGCUCUUGUGGCUGAUACUUUCCGGUCGGGACGGGUCUUCCUUGCAGGCGACGCUGCUCACACCCUGCCGCCUAACCGCGGGGGGUACGGUGCAAACACCGGUAUCCACGAUGUGCACAAUCUUGCAUGGAAGCUAGCGGAUGUGCUGUUCGGAAAGUCAUCCCCUGAUCUGUUAGACACAUAUGAUGCCGAGAGGCGUCCCGUGGCUCUUCUGCGACACGAUCAGAUAUUUGUGCGAGCCGAUUACAAGGUGCAUCUUGACCUUGCGACUCCGGCCGGACAAAAGAUUGACGAUGAUGCCAUGGAGUUUGGCCAAAUCUAUCUAUCCAAGGGCAUUAUCGGUGCCAAUGAUGGAAUGCCGCGCGCGAAGAAACCUGAUGAAUGGAGAGGUCAACCCGGAACCCAUAUGCCCCAUUUCUGGGUCCUGAAAAAUGGAGAGAGGAUUCCUACCCUGGAUAUCCUUGACCAGAAGUCAUGGACUCUGGUUGCAGAGGCAGAUGAAUGGAGCGAUGCUGUGUCAUGCGUCCGCGAGAAUUCAUCUAUUUCCCUCCGGUUCGUUCAGUUUGGAAAGAGUGUGCAGCUCAUUCAACAAAAUGACUUUCAACAAUCCUUUGGCGUCUCUCGAUACGGAGCUGCUCUUAUUCGACCGGAUGGCUAUGUCGCUUGGAGGAUCGCGGAGGCCCCUUUGGAUGCAGCUGUGACUCUCAACGAAGUUUUGUCCAGAGUCGCAUUUAGGGCUGCCGGCUGUGGAAACUGA